CCCCAUUGAAUACGAUCCUAGUGUCCGCACUGGCGCAACCUCGACCGGCCCCAAGCUCACACGCCUGAUGUGCCUGUCUUGAUGAGGAGGUCAUGCUCCCUCCUGUCGCGACCAUGUCGCCGGCCCCAUGACCUGCCCACAGCCCCUCCUGUACGAGCCUGCGCCGCAAGCCACACUUCGCCGCUCCUCCUCCUCGUCCUUCCAGAUGCGAAUCUCCCCGGGCAGGGCUGCCGGAGACUUGCACCUCGAACCUCCCGACGCUCCCUCACGACGACGCGCAUACUAGCGAGCGCUGCUCCGACGGAAGAACCGGCCUCACCUCAGAAACAAGGUGGACAAGCAAGGGGAGACAGGAAGCAUGGCGGGAAACAUGGCAACCUCUUGACCCUGGCGAUAGAAUCGUCAUGCGACGACACGUGCGUGGCGAUUCUCGAGCGGGAUGCCAUCUCGACGACGGGGGACGCCGGCAGCAGCGGCGGAGCGACACUGCACUUCAACGACAAAGUCACCGCCGACAGCCGCGACUUCAAGGGCGUGUACCCGGACGUUGCGGUGCAGUCGCACGUCGCGAGCAUGGCGCCGCUGCUGAAGAGGGCGCUGCGGGCGCUGCCUAGGUGCGGCGAGAGUGGUAGCUCCGUGGGCCGCAGCGACGAGGGCGGGCUGGGGGACAAGACGGUCUGGGUUGACGGGCGGGCGCGGCGGAAGCCCGACUUUGUGAGCGUGACGCGGGGGCCGGGCAUGAUGUCCAACUUGACCGUGGGGCUCAUGACGGCCAAGAGCCUCGCCGUGGCGUGGGAUGUCCCGUUGCUGGCGGUCAACCACAUGGAGGCCCACGCCCUCACGCCACGGCUGGUGCAUGCGCUCGAGAAGAAGAAGCAACAGCAGCAGGGGCAGCAGCAGCGACUCUCGCCCCAAGAACAGACGGCCGUGGCGACGGAGCCAGACUUCCCCUUCAUCUCGGUGCUCGUGUCUGGCGGGCACAGCCUGCUCGUGCACUCGCGCGGGCUCAACGACCACGCCAUCCUCGCCCAAGCCGACAACAUUGCCAUCGGCGACUUGCUCGACAAGUGCGCCCGGCUCAUCCUGCCAGAGGAAUACCUCGCUGCCGCCACGGACGUCAUGUACGGCAGGCUGCUCGAGGAGUUUGCCUUCCCCCGUCCUCAACAAGAACAACAACACUCCUCCCUUUCCCCGCCAAAGGAAUACGAUUACGGCUACACGCCACCACAGACCCGCCCAGACGAGCAGCGCAUCUACACCUCCCCGUGCCGCCGGGCCUGGUGGCUGACGCCGCCCAUGCACGGCUCCGCCGCCAUGCGCUACGACUUCUCCGGGCUCAACGGGCGCGUCAAGACCAUUGUCACCGACGAGCACCCGGACCUCGGCCUCGACGAGAGGCGCGAGCUCGCGAGGCACACGAUGCGCCUGGCCUUUGAGCACCUGGCCAGCAGGCUCGUCAUGGCGCUCAAGCGGAUCAGGAAGGAUGAGGCGCUCGCCGCCGCGCAGCAGGACGGCGGCCACCACGCCUCGGGCAGCACCACCAGCACCACCAGCAUAAACACCGUCGUCCUCUCCGGCGGCGUCGCCUCCAACGCCUACCUGCGCCACAUCCUGCGCGCGAUCCUCGACGUCCGGGGGUUUCCCCACGUGAAACUCAUCUUCCCCCCCGUGGCCCUGUGCACCGACAACGCCGCCAUGAUCGCCUGGACGGGGAUGGAGAUGUACACCGCGGGCUGGCGGUCGGCGCUCGACGUCAAGCCCAUCAAGAAGUGGCCGCUCGAUCCGGCCGGCGCUGGCGGCGGGAUCCUCGGCGCGCAAGGGUGGUACCGCGACGACUAGGCUUGUCUGCCCGCUUUCAUGGCUCACAAGCGAGACGCCCAAAGAUCAGAGGCCCUUAGUACAUGUGGUGUGGUGUGGUGUCCGCGAGGCUCACGGGCAUAGAAGAAGAAGCAGAAGAAGAAGAUCUGGGGCCCCAGUGGUAUAUCCAUCCGACAAACUACUUUUCCUUAGCGGCGGAAGCCCCUUCAGUAUAGACACCUUUCCCCUCCUCUUGUACACAUGCGUGCGCGUUGGCGAGAGGAAGGGGGGGGGGGGGAGG